AUGGCUAAACGUGGAAAAUAUGGAAAAUGGUCAGAAGAAGACCUACAACAUGCUAUCAGAGCAUAUAGUAACAACAUUUAUGGUCUCAAUCAGUGCCAAAGAGUAUAUGGUGUUCCAAAAGCUACAAUUAAGAGGCACUCCGACAAUAAAAAUAUAUUUGUUAAUGGACAGAAAAAAUUUGGUACACCAACUACGUUUAACAUAGACAUGGAAAAAGAAUUGGUUAGUCAUAUUUUAGCUUUAGACUCCUUAUUUUUUGGAUAUACUAUUACUGAUAUAAGAAAAUUAGCAUACGAUAUAGCAGAAAAGUAUUCUCUAAAUCACAAAUUUAAUAAAGAGAAGAAAAUAGCAGGUAAAAAAUGGUUUUAUUUGUUUAUGAAACGAAAUCCAAAUAUAGUACUCAGACAACCUGAAGCAACAUCGAUGGCUAGAGCCAAAGGGUUUAACAAAGAAAAUGUUAUGAGCUUUUUUGACUUAUUGGAAAAAAUUGUAGAUCAAAAUAAAUUAACUGCUAAUAGAGUUUUUAACGUUGAUGAGUCAGGGUUUACAACAGUACAGAAGAAACCACAAAAAGUUAUCUCUCAAAAAGGCAAACGUUAUGUUGGGUCCAUAACUAGUGGAGAAAGAGGAAACGUAAAGCGCCAGGAAUUAGAAAUUGGUGCACCUUCAGGUAGUAUAGUUGAGAUUUCUGACACUGGAUACAUUAAUUCUGAACUAUUUGUAUCUUGGUUAAAACAUUUUCAUUCAUGUGUAAAAUCUACAAUUGAUGAGCCAGUUUUAUUAUUAUUGGAUGGACACACAACACACAGCAAAAAUUUGGAGGCAUUAUUAUUUGCUAAGGAACAUGGUAUCAUUUUAUUGCAACUACCUGGGCACACCACUCAUCGUUUACAACCUCUCGACGUUGCAUUUUUCAAACCAUUGGGAUUAUACUACAUACAAACUCAAGAAAAGUGGUUAAGACAGAAUUAUGGUAAAACUAUUUCUCAAUACCAGGUUACAGGUUUGUUAAAUGAAGCGUAUGGUCGUGCAGCAACAAUAGGUACAGCUGAAAAUGGUUUCCGAGGCUCUGGAAUUUGGCCAGUAAAUAGACAUUUAUUUGAAGAUCAUCAUUUUAUUGUUUCAAAUAAUUUAAAUAGAUCUCCUACUCCUAAUGAGAAUGUAAGUGAAGACAUGGAAAAUGAUCAAGUGUAUUUAAACAGUAAAACAAAUGAUAUGGAAGAAAAUAAAAAUAUUACUGUCACUGAUAAAACUAUAAAUAGGUCUACAUUUUUGAAAGUUAUUGAAGAAAUCUCACCUAUACCCAAAACUCAAAGAGAUACUAAUGCAAAACCAAAAAAAUCUGCACAAAAGGCAAUUGUUUUAACAAGCAGUCCCUAUAAAAACUUACUAGAAAGCAGUAGAGCACAGCAAACAAUAAAAAAAGGACCACCAAAAAAAAAACUUUUUUCUGCAGCAAAAAUUGAUGGUGUUAAAACCAAAAAUAAAAAAAUUGAAAAAUCUAAGGAAUUAGAAAAGAAAAAGAUACUGAAUGAACAAGGAAGUCAUCAUAAAAAGAAAAAAUUGAAAAAUAUACCAUCUACAUCAAAAAAUGUUGGUAAUGUUAGUUGGUACUGUCCUCUCUGUCAGGAAGAAAAAAUAAUUGAUAUGGUCAUGUGCAAAAAAUGUUCAAUAUGGUUUCAUGAAGAGUGUUUAGGAUUGAAUCGUGGUGACACAUUUGAAGAGUGUCAUUGGUGUACUGAAAAAAGUGACCAGUAA